AUGUCGCAAGUCGGUAUACAGAGCCGACCCGGCACUCAGAUGAGUCUGAAACGGGUAGGAAUAGAAAUACAACACCCUCUUAGCAGAUUGGGAAACCCUGAGAGAUUGGAUAUACAAGCAAUGGCUAUCACAACUCCAAGGCCAGGAUCCGAAAUGGGACUUGUUUCACAGAAUCGUGGGGUGUCUGCCUCUGGCCGUUCUAUGGCUAAUGAAGUAGAAUACCCCAAAUCUCUACAAUCACCCAGAAAGUCACAUAGUUCCACCGGGAGGAUGUCAUCACAAAAUCGUAUUCCACAUUUUUCUACAACAGGAUAUGCCGAUGCUAUACCUGAGGGGGUAGAGGUCACACAGGGGGACCCAAGUAAAACUAGACUACCAGUGUUCGGUGUGCCAGCCACCAGUAGGAGUGAUGUUGCCUCUAGAGCUGCUAGCAGAAUGUCUACAGCUUCAGCCCAAGCAAGACUAGAGAUUGAUGAGCUGGAAUCUGUGUUGAAGGACAAAGCAAACCACCACUACUUUGAACUGAGGAAGCGCUUUAAAGACAAUGACCCUGAAGGCAAGGGCAACUGCAGCCGAGAGGCACUCUCCAGAAUCGUAGUAACUCUAAUUGGCCGCCCACUGAACCAAGUUGUGUUUGGUCGCCUUAUGAAUCGAUUGGGACUUGGACAAAGAGCAGUUAUAAGUUUCGCAGACUUCUUCAAAGUUUUCCGAGAGCGCCAUGACAGUGAAUAUCCAAACUGGAUGGACCCUAUCCAGAGAACCUUCAGUGACAAGGCUAACACAACUGCUGAUGAGGUCCACAUACAGUUAAAAGAGAAGGCCAAACAAAGAAUUCUUGAUGCAGCUGACAUGUUCCCGCAAUCAAAUCCAGAUGGAGCCACACAUAUCCUGAAGCCGGAGUUCCGCAUUAUGUUGAACAAAAACAAUUAUUUCUUGGAUGAUGACGAGUUUGAUCGAUUAUGGAAACGCUAUGACCCUACUAACAGUGGUACCAUAAAUGGAGCCAACCUGAUGAGAAAACUGGGAGUGUCUGUGCAACACCGUGGUAGCACAGCUGGUGACAGACUUAGUCCCAUAGAUGAUGACAAACUAUCACCUCGCAGUCCAACGCAGCGAAAAAUUCCACGCAAGGUCCAAGAACGCCAAAGAUCCUUGCAUGUUGAGUCAUGGUUGAAAACUAAAUUCAGAGAAGGCUUUAAGUCUAUGAAGGGUGCAUUUGCAGAGCAUGAUAAAGAUCAUAAAGGAAUCGUCAGCUUUGAUGUCUUUCUGAAUGUAUUGAAUAAAUAUGGCUUGAAACUUGAUCGUCCCCACUUAUCCGAGUUCUGCUCCAGAUGUAAUAUUGUGCCCAAAAAAGAUGGAGUUCCAUACAAGGAUUUCUUGUCCCGAUUCCAGGAUAGAAGUGAAGCUGGAAUGACACAUAACAUCCUUAGCAACUCAAAUCAUAAGUACAACAGGUCACAGACACCAGGAGCGAGGUCAUCACUGAGUGCUAUAGAGUCAAACCUAAUGAACCUCUUCCAGAGAGAGUUUCUUCAACUCCUAGGCACAUUCCACAAGGUUGACCAACAAAACACUGAUCUUCUCUCACAGGAAGCCUUCAGGGCAGCCAUCGAGAGUCGCUUUAAUCUUGGUAUGACUGAUGAACAAUUCCAGACAUUUAUUGAGCAUGUGCCUUUAAACCAUGAGGGCAUGGUGAAAUAUGCUGACUUCAUGGCACAGUUUGAUACAAGAGGUCAAGCUCCAAGCCUUUUUGACAGUAAAUCAGUAAUAAUCCAACCUGAGGUUAUGUCUCCUGAGCCCUUUGGUGAUCAUGAGGUUGACCGUCUUGUGAUGGAGUCACCACCCCUAGAGGCUGAUGCUGCCCCCAGGCGCCCCACCCAUGAACUGUUUAAGAUCAUCAAGCAGCUGCUCACCACCAAAUAUGAGCAGGUAGAGAGAGAGUUCCAGGAUAUUGAUGAGUGGAACAGCAAGAGGUUGAACCAAGAGACAGCUUACAAGUUAUUACAAAGGUUUAACCUGGACCCUGAGAUCAGCAGAGGUGAGGUACGAAGUCUGUGGAAGACCCUCAUAACAAACAAAGACAAGUCUCUCAACUUCCAGGAGUUCACACGCCACUUUGGCUUCUCUCUCAAAUCUGCUGCCUACCCCAAUGCCAAACUUUCACCCCCAAAGAAGGGAGACGUUGACUUCCAAAUUAGAUCACGAAAACUAAACUGUGCUGCAGAUAUGCUACAUGAUAAUCUCAAAUCAAAGAUUGACUACAUGUGGGAGGACCUACACAAGGAGUUUACUGAGAUGGACCCCUACAAGACCUGCUAUAUCAGCAAAGAUGAGUUCACAGAUGUUCUUCAGGAGCUCUGUGUUUAUCUUGGUGACCAUGAACUUAAAUUGCUUACAGAAAAGUUUGAUGUCAAGAAGGAUGGAAGAGUUAAUUAUGUGGAAUUCUUGAAACCUUUUGCUGCCAAACGACAGACAUGGCGCCAUGGCAACAACCUGCUCUCCAUGCUGCAGCACCCAGUCUCGGAAAUGCCCAUGUCAGACAUUCCCGAGCCCCCACAGAAUGGUCUUACUGGACUCACUUCAAAACUCAGGCAAAAGCUAUCUGGAGACUGGAAGAAUCUAAGGCGAGCCUUCAAGAAACUAGACAAGAUAAACAGUGGCUAUCUCUCAGUGCCUGAGUUCAGAUCUGUACUGAAACUAUGUAACAUUAUACUUGAUGAAGAUGAUGUAUAUCAAGUAAUGCAAAGCUUUGAUGAGGAAAUGACUGGAAAAGUGUCAUACCAUAAAUUCUUAAAUGAGACCUUCCAAGCUGCUAUCCCUCCUAAACGGAGACUAGAUCAGAGUAUAGCGGAAAAAUAGGCAAAGGGCCAUUAGUUUGGAUCAUUAUUGGCGGUCUUGAAAGCAUUGAAGGGUGAAUUACCAUUGCAGUAUGAGAACAAUUUAUUCAUACCUAAGUUUUUGACAGCUCUGUGUGCUUUGUAUGUCUCAAAUACAUAGAACUGGAAAGCUGAAUUCUCUGUCUAUACUUAAAUAUAUCAAAGUUGCAUUUAAUAAAGAAUUACAUAUUUUUUAUGAUUCAAACCCAUAACGGUAUUAUAUUGUGAAGUCAUUUAAGUUGUAAGGAGCAACAUAAUCAUGACAUUAAUUGUGCAAUGUAUUUGUAAAUAAAGAAUGUAGUCUUGCAUUAAGACCAAUGCUGUUUAACUCCACUCUCACCAGGCUGUCUGGGAGGAAUAGAGCAGGAAUAUGGACUUGUUCCAGGACUAACUGACGAUUGAUUUUAUGCACCAAAUAAAUAUAUUUAUAUGGCACUAUAAUAAUUAUGCAUAAUGGUGAUGUAUUUUGCAAGUGACAUUUUUGGAUUACAUCUAUUUAAAUCAAAUGGAUGUUGUAUACUCCUAUGACAUUCAGAGACUAUUGCAUCAGUGGACCUACUGGUUACAAGCUGGUCAUGUAAUGAACACAUAACAAACAUGAAAUGUAUAUUUAAAAAUAUAAGCAUAUUUUUUAUUGAAUGAAAAACUGUAAAGAGGUCUAAGUACAGAUGUUUGGAAUAAAAGUCUGCACAUGAUACAAAUCAACAAAAUCAUAUGUUAUGUUAAAACUUAUUUAUAACAAUAACAAACAAGGCACAGGGUGAACAAUA